GUGCUAUUUGCAGAAACGUGUUCUUAACAUCUCUAGGGGCCCUGCUGUUUGGGCGUUACGUGCACAGACAGAUAAGAGAGAAUAUGCAAUAGAAAUGAAAAAGAUUGUUGAGAGCACCUCAAACCUCUUUAUUAGAGAGGCAAUGGUAACAGAUAUUUUGUUGGGGAAAAAUGACAACAUUGAGGGGGUCUGUACUUUCUUUGGCAUGAACUUCUAUGCACCUUCAGUGAUUCUGACGACAGGGACCUUUAUGAGUGGGAAAAUUUGGGUUGGUAGAACUUCAAUGCCUGCAGGAAGAGCCGGUGAAUCAGCUUCCGUUGGUCUAACAGAAAACUUGCAGCGCCUUGGCUUUGAGACUGAUAGGCUAAAAACAGGAACUCCUGCACGUGUGGACAGUCGUACUGUAGAUUUCUCAGGAUUGGAGCCCCAAUAUGGCGAUGAAGAGGUAAGCUGGUUCAGUUUUGAUACUAAUUAUCAUAUAGAAAGGGAACAGAUGUGUUGCUACCUUACACGUACCACAAAGAGUACUCAUCAGAUAAUUAGAGAUAAUUUGCAUGAGACUCCUACUUACGGAGGGUGGGUGGAAGCUAAGGGCCCUCGAUAUUGCCCCUCCAUUGAGGAUAAGAUUGUAAGAUUUCAAGAUAAAGAGUCGCAUCAAAUAUUCCUUGAACCUGAGGGUCGAAGUGUUCCUGAGCUCUAUGUGCAGGGAUUCUCUACGGGUUUACCGGAGAGACUACAAUUGCCUCUUUUACGAACAUUACCCGGACUUGAGAACUGUACAAUGCUCAGGCCAGCCUAUGCGGUAGAGUAUGAUUACUUGCCGGCUUAUCAGUGCUCCAGGUCCAUAAUGACUAAAAAGAUAGAGGGCCUUUUCUUUUCUGGCCAGAUAAAUGGGACAACUGGCUAUGAAGAAGCUGCUGCACAGGGGAUUAUAUCUGGAAUUAAUGCAGCUAGACACUCAGAUGGAAAGCAACUUAUUGUUCUUGAGAGAGAAAGUAGUUUUAUAGGGACGCUGAUCGAUGAUCUUGUAACCAAAGAUCUUCGAGAGCCUUAUCGCAUGUUAACUAGCCGCUCAGAACAUCGUCUGCUUCUUCGGUCUGAUAAUGCGGAUAGCCGACUCACUCCCCUUGGUCGUGAAAUCGGUUUAAUAGACGAUAGAAGGUGGACAAUGUACCAGGACAAGCAAGCUCGUAUUUCAGAGGAGAAAAAGCGGUUGAAAACGGUUAGAACUUCAGGUGGAGAGUUGGCUGCUGAAAUUACUCUACUCUCUGGUCAGCCAGUAAGGGAUUCAUCCACAUUAGAGAGCCUGCUUAAGAAACCGCAUAUCCAAUAUGAAGUUUUUGAUAAGCAUGGGUUUGGAAAUCCCACCCUGUCCAGGAUGGAGAAACAGUGUGUAGAGAUUGAUAUCAAAUACGAAGGCUUCAUUGUGCGCCAGCAGAGCCAACUCCAACAGAUGGUUCAUCAACAGCACAAACCAAUUCCCGAGGACAUAGAUUAUUAUGCGAUGACAACUUUGUCACUCGAAGCACGUGAAAAACUCUCAAAGGUUAGGCCGCAAACAAUUGGGCAAGCAAGUAGAGUUGGUGGAGUUAAUCCUGCGGACAUUACAGCACUCCUCAUUAUUCUUGAAUCUAACAGGAGGAAAGCCCAAGAGCUGAGUAAACAACAAGCAGUACUUUCGUGAAGGAUACCGAUGAACAACUUCCUUAAAAGUUCUCUUCAAAAGACAAUCCUCUCUUAAAACCAGCACCCAUCCUUCUCUGCGUCAUCUUUAGAUCAAUGAAAUUCAUCUCCUUAUUUAACCUGCUGGAUAUCCUCUAACGAGGGACCAAUUGACAUAGCGGAUGCAUGAGUCUUCCUUUUUUCAGCUGAGUUUUUGUAGAGUGAAAACAAUACCGAAGGUAUAUCUGCAUGAGUUAUAAGAUCAAAA